AAAUAUCAAAGAGGGCUUUCAGAAGAAGAAAUAAGAAUGAGAAGAAUUAUGAAACAGCUAUCAUGGUAUUCAGGAGACUUGGCAAUACCAAGACUAGAGCGUCCAGAUAUCAAAGACCAUAAAACAGUAGAUUGGUUGCACGUUACUCAGCAUUCUAACGAUGAAACGACAGUCUUACAUUGA